AUGAUUAUUUUUGAAUGUAGUUUAUUACAUUUUUUACAACCACACAACUACAUUUUAUCAAAUAACUGGAGGUUGUCACGAGACCGGUCUUUAAAUAUAGGAUGGGAAAAUGAAGAUCAUAAUACGAGUACAAUUCAUUCAAUAACAACUUCUUAUGAUAACCAGUACCCGAAUUUAUACCCAGAUUGGACGCAUUUAUAUUAUGGUAGUUUAAAAUUAAGUGGAUAUAAUGACGAAAAUAUUGAAAAUUUAAAAUGUAUUUCAUCAAAGGAUGGUACCCAACUAGUUUCAUUAUCAAUAAAUAGAAAUAAAAAUUCAAUAAUAGUAGAUGUUUAUGAAAAAACUGAAUUAGAUUUUGUAGAAAAUAGAAUGCCCAUUAUAAAACCAAAUAGAAAAGAUUCAUUCAAACAUGUUAAUAAUAUAUCACCAAACUAUAAUAUUGUAUUCCCAUUAGAUGAUUAUAAUGAAGUGUGGAUUAAUACAUUGGAAAUUUCAAGUAUUAGAGAAUCAUUAAAAAACGAUAACUAUAAUAAAUUAGUAAAUAAAAUAAAUAACAAUAGUGAAUCAUACCAAUCAAAUAUUUAUAACUAUAAAGAAUCAUCUAUUCCACCUAAACCACAAUUAGAAAUUUCACCAAAUGGCAACUCAUUAUUACUUUCAUUUUAUAAUAAAAUAUAUAUUCAACAACUUCAGGACAACAAUGAAAAAGAAAAAAACAAUAACAUAGUAGUCAUAAAUGAAGAUUAUAUUGUAAAGGAUAUUAAAUUUAUACCAGAUAGUAAUAAGAGAAAUUCAUUUUUAGUAUUAGCUUACGAUAAUAGCAAAAAAUCAACACCAUCAACAUCACUUUCCUCAAUUAAAAAGAACAAAAUUAUUCUCUAUAAUUAUGAAGAAGGGGGUUGGGUCGAUAGAGAACUAGAACUACCUUAUAUUUUAUCGAACUCAGUUAGAAUGGUGACAAAUAAAGAAAAGGGUGACGACUAUGAUUGCUAUCAAAAUAAUAAAGAUACUUAUGAACAACCUAUAUUAAUAGCAUUUCAAGAUUUAGAUUUUACAGUUCACCUAACACAACUUUUUAAAAGCAAAGAUAAAGGCAAAGAUUACAUCAAAAUAAUCAAAUCUCUACCAAUACCUUUUCACUCAGAAACACCAUUAGAUUCAAAACACCAUGUUUCAAUUGGAUUUUCAAAAGAUUCAAGUUUAAUUUCAAUUCAAUAUCCAAACUCAAACAUUAUAUAUAUUUUAAAAAAAGACUCUGAUCACAAUGGUAUAUAUGACUUCAAACUAACCUCAAUCAUUGAUGAACUACCAACAAGAGUUAAUGGCGACGUAUUACUUUUUAAUUUAAAAUACAACUAUUUGGUGACAAAUUUUGGAGGUCAUCUAUCAUUUUUUAGAGAUUUAGCUGAUCAAGUUUCACACUGUGACAAAACAAGUAGAACCAAAAGCUACUACCUUCCAUCGCCACCAAUAAUAUUAAAAAAUGAUCAACAUUUAAACCAGUCUGAUAGUUUAUUAUUAGAGAAAUAUGGAAUAUUAUAUUUGUUAAAGAAUGAUCAAACCUCGCUUAAUUCUAUUAAAGUUAAAUAUAUAAUAUAUACAAUAUUUGGGUAUCUUUUAAUAUAUCGCCUACAAAGAAGGAUAAGUCAGUUCGAAUAUUUAUACCUUGGACCAUUUAUUGAAAGAAUAUUAAAAAAAAAAAGUAAAAAACUCACCCUUGCAAAUAUUCAAGAAUUUUUCUUUUAUAUAAUUGCUCUAUUUAUUUUGGGAUUCUCAUUUUAUGAAAUUGUUAACCAACCUGCUUUUACAAAUGAUUGGCCCGCUCAUAUUCAUCACAUCGAUCAAUUUUUAAAUCCUCCAUCAAAAGAUAGUUCUAUAUUUAAAAACUAUAUCAUCUCUAAUCAACAACAGUAUGAACAGUUAAACACAAAUAGCCACUACUUUAAAUCUUUUAAAGAUCAACAUCAGAGCAAUAAAUAUUUUGAAGAGCUAAUACCUGCAUUGAUUAGAAAUCAUUUCGAUUUUGACUAUAGUCAUUAUAUGCAUUACCACGGUCCAAACACUUAUCCAGCUGGUUUCACCUACCUCUAUACCUUUUUAUACUAUAUUUCAAAUAGGGGCAAUUGUUUACAAAUAUUUCAAGCAAUAUGGGCAAUUUUAGAAUUUAUCAACUUUAUAUUAAUCAAAAGAAUAUGUUCAAAACUAAAAAUACCUAUAUUUUUAUCAAUCUUACCAAUUAUUUCAAAUAGAUUACAUUUAUAUAAUGUAAGAAUAGUUAUUAAUGACUUUCCAUCAACAUUUUUAAUUCAUAUAGCAAUUCUAUUAUUCAUAUCAAAAAGAUUCAAGCUAUUUUCAAUUAUAUAUUCUUUAACAGUUUCUUUAAAGCUUCAUACAAUAUUUUAUUCACCAGCUAUUUUAUUUAUUUUUUUUAACUCUCUCACACUUAACGAAACAAUUUAUUAUCUAUCAAUAAUGGCAAUCAUUCAAAUAUUAUUGGGUUUACCAUUCUUAUUAGUCAAUCCAGUUGCAUAUAUUUCCAAUGCUUACGAUUUAAGCAGAACUUUAUUAUGGGAAAAAACAAGAAACUUUAAAUUUGUUGGCAGAAUUCUAUAUGAUAUGAAACUUUUUAAUUUAUUAUUGAUAUUAGCUUUGGUAUUGACAAUUAUAGUCUUUAUAAUGAAAUAUCAGAAUAUUAUAAAUCAAUUAAAAAAAUUAGAAAAUAUAAAAAUUGUGAAGAAAUUAAAAGUAAAUGAUAUCAAAAAUUUCAAAUAUUAUGACUCUGUUAGUAUGGAGUUAAUAAUGAAUAGAAUAUUUACAUUAUCAUUUAUUAGUAUCAAUUUCUUUGCAAUAGUGUGGGCAAGAGGGUUAUACACUCCGUUUAUGUGUUGGUAUUUCUAUACUCUUCCCAUCAUCCUCUACUUUUCAGAAUUCUCAAACACCUUCAUCAUACUAUAUUGGAUAUCCCAUGAAGUUUUAUAUAGGGCAUUCAAAGAUUUAUAUUUCGAAAUGUUUGCAACAUGGUUAUUUUUUAACAUUAACCUAUCAAUCAUUAUUAGAUUAUUCCAAAAGUUUAAACCACAUGACAAAAACAAUAUCAAAUUAUAUAAUAUUAAUAAUAGUACACAAGAAAUAUAUAAUAAAAAACUAAAUUAG